GCAAGCGAAAAAUAAACACGUAAUCUUGAGGUAGCAGGUGUUACUCUUAUAUGUGAGUGGGGCGAAGCAGGGACUGUUCGUCUGCAUGGAGAAAUAAAGACAGUAGUUGUAGUUGGUUUGCAGCACAGCGAGUGCUUGUUUGGGUUGCAGCGCGCUACACUGAAGUCUCUGCUCCCGGGCGAGGAGCCCAAACGGUCGGUGCAAAAAUGGUGCGAGCAGCUCUCGUGACCGCUACCAGUCUGGCACUGACUGGAGCCGUGAUAGCUCAUGCCUAUUUCCUCAAGCACCAGUUCUACCCUACUGUGGUAUACCUUACCAAAAGCAGCCCAAGCAUGGCAGUCAUAUAUAUCCAGGCUUUUGUGUUGGUGUUUUUGUUGGGAAAGUUCAUGCGCAAGGUCUUUUUCGGCCAGCUGAGAGCUGCAGAGAUGGAGCACCUGAUCGAGCGUUCCUGGUACGCAGUAACAGAGACCUGCUUAGCCUUUACGGUGUUCAGGGACGACUUUUCCCCUCGUUUUGUGGCCCUUUUUACUUUGCUGCUCUUCCUUAAGUGCUUCCAUUGGCUUGCUGAAGACAGGGUGGACUUUAUGGAAAGAAGUCCAAACAUUUCAUGGGUCUUCCACUUCAGAGUUCUCUCUUUAAUGUUGUUGCUUGGAAUUCUGGACUUUCUGUUUGUCAAUCAUGCCUGCCACAGCAUCAUCACCAGAGGAGCUUCAGUACAGCUGGUGUUUGGAUUUGAGUAUGCAAUUCUGAUGACCGUGGUUCUUACUACCUUCAUCAAAUACACCUUGCACACCAUCGAUCUUCAGAGCGAGAACCCAUGGGAAAAUAAAGCAGUCUAUAUGCUCUACACAGAGCUAUUUACAGGCUUCAUUAAGGUGCUGCUGUACAUGGCAUUCAUGACGAUAAUGAUCAAAGUGCACACCUUCCCUCUGUUUGCUAUUCGACCCAUGUAUCUUGCAAUGAGGCAAUUCAAGAAGGCUGUAACCGAUGCAAUAAUGUCUCGACGGGCUAUUCGCAACAUGAACACACUCUACCCAGAUGCCACUCCUGAGGACUUGCAGGCAUCUGACAACGUUUGUAUCAUCUGUCGAGAAGAGAUGGUAACUGGAGCCAAGAAACUGCCCUGCAACCACAUCUUUCACUCAAGUUGCCUUCGCUCGUGGUUCCAGAGGCAGCAGACCUGCCCAACAUGCCGUAUGGAUGUUCUGCGAGCAUCACAGCCCAAUGCAACUCCUGCUCCAGCCGCACCAGCCGCCCCUGCUGCUCCUGCAGCACCAGCCAAUGCUCCUGCACCCCCAGUUGCUAAUGUUGCUCCAGGCAUGAUGCCCCAAUUCCCUCCAGGCCUUUUUCCUUUUUGGGCUCCUUUCCCUGGUGCUGUGCCUCCUGCACCUCCGCCUGGUGCACCAGCAAACUCAAGCACUCCACAAAGUACUACAGAUGCAACCCAAACAGCAGCAGCAGAUUCAGCAGCCAGUACCUCAAGCCAGCCUGCUACAGAUGCUGCUGCCACUACAGACGCUCAUGUGGCUGGAAUGCCUGGAUUUCCUCUCACCAUGCCACCACCGUUCCCGUCUGCACCAUGGCUGCCCAUGCCUCCUCCUCCACCAUUCAUGUCGUCCAUGCCUCCUCCUCCGGCGUCUCUGUCCACCAUGUCCGAGGAGGAGUUGAGGGAGCUGGAGCAGGAAGGCCGACGAGGCCUGGAGGCUCGACUGCAGUGCCUUCAGAACAUCCACACACUGCUGGAUGCUGCCAUGCUCAACAUCCACCACUACCUCACCACUGUUGCUACACUCAGUCCUCCUCAAUCAGAGAGCAGCCCUGGUGAAGGAAGUUCAUCAGCCAGAACUGAGGCCUCCAGCCAAGAGAAUCAAGCACAAAGCACCGAUCCUGUCAAUGGGGCAGCAGGUUUUUCCCUACCCGACUCGACCACAGCAGCAGAGAGGGAUGACAAGAGGGAUGAAGUGGAAGGAGAUGACGAAGGUGAGCCAAACACUGCUGAACUGAGACGACGUCGCCUGCGAAAGCUGGACACCACACCACCUCUGGACCACUGAUUAUGUAUCCAGCAAACCAGCCACUGUACUCUACUAAGGACCUUAUAUGGUAAAAUUGUGUCCACUACGCUCUGCUUCGACACUUGAGGUGCUCAAGCUGUCAGAGUUUCUAGUAGUGGGCUCUCCACAUGCAGCAUGUCAACAAAGGCUGAUUGCAGAUCAUUUAAGGAGGAACGCCAGAUGGAUGACCCUGGAGUCUAAGAAACAGCCCAGAUGUUGAGUCUUAUCUGGACUGCAUAGUUUAUCUGAUGUCUUCUAAAUAUUUUCUUUUUUUCUGCCACAUUAAAUAAGCGUUGAAAUAAUAUAAUUUGUCAUACAUCCUAAGUGAUGGAUGUUUUUGUAUUGUUUACGCUUUUAAUCAUUUCUUGCUUGUUUCAUUUACUUCUGGGUCUUAGUUUUGGGUUAAAGGGAUAAAGGGGCGCUCAUGUCUUUAAACAUGUGGCAGAAUAAAUUAACAUACUGUACAUACUGUAUAAAGUAUUUUAAUAGGAAGAUCUGUAAAUACUGCAGAAUAAAUCAUUCAGGUCUGA